AUGUUUGUGGAAUCUGCACUGGUCCACUCAGGUCUGGUCUCGGGCAUGCGGAUCGUCUAUCAUACGCCGUGGUUAUUCAAGCUUCCUCCUGAGCUUUGGCGGCUACUUUCCUCCUUCCUCUUGACAGGCGGUGGCUUUUCCUUUGUCUUCGACCUCUAUUUCAUGUACACAUACGCUUCGGGCCUAGAAUUGAACUCUCCUCGAUUCGCCCAACCCGGCGACUUUUUCACCUAUAUCUUUUUCGUGGCAACUGCCAUACUGGCAUCUGGAGGGCUUAUCCUCGGUGGCCACAUCUUUACUCAAGCCCUUCUUCUCGCGCUCAUCUACACCUUCGCGCAAGAUAACAGGGGCAAGAAGGCACAUUUCAUCAUCCUUCAGAUACCCGUCGAGCUGCUCCCAUGGGCCAUGCUCACGCUGACCCUGAUCAUGGGCGGGCCUCAAGCUGCCCUGCAACAAGCCACAGGCGUCUUUGCCGCUCAUCUUUACGACUUUCUGACGAGGCUGUAUCCGACUUUCCAGGGUGGCAGAAAUUACAUACAAACUCCAGCUGCAGUCAGGAGAUAUUUUGGCGCGGAUAGAAGCUCAUUCACCCACAAAGCUUAUGGGACGAGCUUCAGACCUGGGCAACCCGUCCCCCAGCAGCAGAGUCGCGGUUGGACUAGUGGCUUCUCAAACUCUUGGAGUGGUAGGGGCGCCGGCCGGCGGCUGGGUGGCGACUGA